AUGGAUUGCUGGAGUUCAGCAGGGAGCUCAUUCAGGGAAACGAGUCCAUGCUUUGACUUGGGAGCCAGACUGAGCUGGGGCUGUUUGCUGCCCAAGAACCUGCAGCACUGGAGCGAGGGUAGCUUGGCUCUGGAGGAAGGGCUGAGGCUGCAGGGCAUGGCUGGAGGAGCCCAGCUUGGGAGAGAUGGAGUGAAAACCUUUGCACAGAUCACUUCAACUAUUAUCACUCUCUACGAAGGCAGAUGCUUCACAGGCAGGAAGCUGGACAUCUGUGGCAGCUGCAACAGCUUCCAGGACCAAGGUUUCCUCAAUCGAGUCAACUCCAUCUGCGUCCAGAGUGGAGCUUGGGUCUGCUUCGACCACCCCGACUUCCGAGGGCAGCAGUACAUCCUGGAGCACGGCGAGUAUCCCGAUUUCUACCGCUGGAACGGACGCAGCGACCACCUGGGCUCCUGCCGGCCCAUCGGGAUGCACGGUGAGCAUUACAGGAUCGAAAUAUUCGAGGGGAGCCAUUUUAGGGGUCCCAGCAUGGAGCUGACAGAAGAUUGCUCCUUCCUGCAGGGACAAGGCUGGGACAAGACCUGCAUCAAUGCCCUCAAAGUGUACGGCGACGGCGCGUGGGUGCUGUACGAGGAGCCCAACUACCGAGGCCGCAUGUACGUGGUGGAGCGCGGCGAGUUCAGCAGCUUCAACGAGUGGCAGGCGCGCAGCGCCAGCGUCCAGUCCAUCAGGAGAGUUGUCAACUACUUCUAGCUGAGCUUUCACCCUGCCAGCCAUGGCCUGCUGAGACUGAGCAUCACCCUCCUCCCCACUCACUGACCCCUGGAAUAAAUUGUUAAAC